CGGGUGAUAUAUAAUUAUAAGCUGGCUACCCCUGAUCUCAAUCUAUCAGCGUCGCAGUAACUUUGCAGCCGGAUAUUCUCUUACUAUCCGUCAACAAUGCUCCAAAGCCCAACAACUUCAAGCUGGACGCGGGUAUCACCUUUGGAGGUGCUGAUAACUCGUGCUUGUGAUCCAUCAUUGCAUGAACCAAAUUAUGCAGCCCACAUUGAAGUGGCAGAGUACAUCAAUAACAAGAAAGCCAAUACUCCUCGAGAAGCAGCGAUGACCAUCGCACGUUUAGCCAACAACAGGAACCCUCACAUCUCUAUGCUCGCUCUUUCUUUGCUAGAUACCUUGGUGCAGUCAUGCGGAUACCCUUUUCAUCUCCAAAUAUCCACGAAGGAGUUCCUCAACGAACUCGUACGCCGAUUUCCUGAGCGUCCUCCUCCUUAUCCGAAUGCUAUCAUGUCACGGAUCCUCGAGCUUAUAAACACUUGGAAGGAGGGAAUCUGUGUAGACAGCAGGUGGAAGGAAGACUUGAGUAAUAUAAGGGAUAUGCAUCGGCUGUUGACUUUCAAAGGAUAUCGAUUUCGAGAUUUUGCUAGGCCGAGUCAGUCACAGCCGACUGCUGCGAACGCGAAUCUCAAGUCGGCGGUCGAACUAGAGGAGGAAGAUCGUGCAGCACAAUCUGCGAAACUGCAAGAACUUAUCAGGCGAGGAACACCCCGGGAUCUCGCUGCUGCACAAGAGCUCAUGAAAUCUCUUGCUGGUGCCGACCCUGAAGCCAAACCGGAUUAUAAAACGCAAGCGUUGCAUGAGAUCAACAAGCUGGAAUCCAAGGUCGUUUUGAUGAAUGAGAUGCUCGAUAACGUCGAUAUGGAAAGAGGCGAAAAGUUUGUUGAAGGUGAUGCGUACGAUCAGGUUGCGGAGAUCUUGAGAGCUGCGAGGCCGAAAUUGCAAAAAUGGGCGAGCGAAGUGGAUGUAGAAAGUCAUGAUUCCGAAUCAUUAGAUACGUUCCUACAAAUGAACGACCAAAUCAACACCGUUCUCAACCGUUAUGAGGCGUUCAAAAAGGGCGAUUACAGCUUCGCGGCAAACCCUAUCCCCGCUGAACUAUCCAAUGCCGGUUCUGCUUCCGCUGGUACAGGACUAUCUCUGAUUGAUUUCGAUGACUCGACAAACGGUACCUCCGCAACUAUAUCAACACCUACAAACACCACCACGGCAACAUCAAACAGUGGCGGCGACCUCAUGGGUCUCUUUGGUGCCCCCGCCCCGGCUGCAACCAGACCCUCCCCUUUAUCGAGUCUAUCGAGUCUAUCCCAUCCUAUGUCAAACGCAAUGCCAGUGAUGGAAUCAAGGAUAGGACUUGGACUACCAGGGAUGCAUGUCGGAACCCCGACACCUCCGAUACCUUCGACAUUUACACCUCCGAAUUAUAGUUCCCCCAGUUCUGCUCCUGUUGUUGCUUCGACUCCGCCGAUUGGUGUGAUGCAUGGGACGGGCGGGGCAGGUAUGGGCAUGGGCAUGAACAGUGCAUUAGGAUAUGGUUCUCCCUUCGGCCCAAGCGGGAAUGUCGGUCCACGGAAUUCUUCCCCAGCUCCUGCGGCGCCGCAUACGCCGAAUUACUUCUCAGGUCCCGCAGGUAGUGGUACUGUGGGCGUAAAUAUGGGUAUGGGCAUGGGUGUAGCAAGGAUAGUCGUCUCAAUCAUCCCAGCUAAUGCAAACUCAACUACCCGCCCAAAAUGGCUCUUCAAUGUCAUCACAACCUCCUGCGACACAGGCGAAAGAUCCGUUUGCGGAUUUAGCGGGGCUGUUUUAGGUGAAUGCGUGGACAGCUAUUGGAGUUUGGAGUACGGGUACGGAGGAGGAUGGCCACGGAAUAGGUCAUUUGGGUCCUCGUAAUAUUGGGUUCCGUACCGCGUAAGCUCAAGAAUAAGGAAAGGAAAUUACGGCGCAAUAUUCGUACUAUAUA